UACAGUCUACUGAACACCUACCUCUCCAAAAAUGGCGACGACAACGGGAGUAAAUUCGGAUCUUGCAAAAGAAAGGAAUAAAUCUACUUUCGACGUGGAAGAACUAUCAAAUUUUAUUUACAGAGGACCAGAGAAGGUGAAAAGAAGAAGAUAUUUACACAAUUUGGCCACUAAAGACCCAUUCUUCAGGAAAUUCAAGCCUUGGGCUUUCCAGACAAGAGAAGAACAAUAUGAGAUUUGUCUGCAGAAACAUCUGUACAUCAACAAGAAAUGUAAGGAGCUGAACCUCACAGAACCUGUGGACAAGUUCUUCUAUACAGAAGCUGCAGCCCCUCAUGAGAACAGCCCUAUUGGUUUACACACUGUGAUGUUUAUACCCACAAUAGAGAAACAAGGAACAGAGGAGCAGAAGAAAAGAUGGCUCCCAUUGGCCGAGAGUCUGAAAAUGAUCGGAACGUAUGCUCAAACAGAAAUGGGGCAUGGAACAUUCAUAAGAGGACUGGAAACCACUGCUACAUACGAUCCAAGGACAAGAGAAUUCAUACUCAACUCCCCCACAAUAACCUCCAUGAAAUACUGGCCGGGAAAUCUUGGAAAGACAACCAACCAUUGUCUUGUCAUGGCCCAGCUAUACACACAAGGGAAAAACUGUGGCAUCCAUAUGUUCAUGGUUCAGAUUCGUGACCUUGAGACACAUAUGCCCUUGGCAGGUAUUGAAGUUGGUGAUAUUGGACCCAAGUUUGGAUAUGGUACAAAUGAUAAUGGUUUCUUAAGAUUAAGCAAUGUCAGAAUUCCAAGAGAAAACAUGCUCAUGAGAUACUCCAAGGUCCUAGAGGACGGAACAUAUGUUAAACCACCCAACGCAAAGAUAGCCUACGGUUCCAUGGUGCUGGUACGGGCAGCCAUUGUGACCGAUGCUGCUCGGGCCCUUGCACAGGCCUGUGUCAUUUCUAUACGAUACAGUGCAGUCCGGCGACAGACGGAGGUCUCUCCUGGGGGAGAGGAAGCACAAAUCAUUGACUAUCAAACCCAGCAGUACAGGUUAUUCCCCUUGCUUGCCACUUCUUAUGCCAUGUAUUUUGCCGGAAGAUUCAUGUACGACUUCUACCUGAAAACCACUGCGGAAAUAGAAGGAGGAAACUUAAACUCAAUGCCCCAGCUUCAUGCCAUAUCAGCAGGCUUAAAAGCUUUUAGUUCCUGGAUGUGCUCUGCAGGGGUGGAGACAUGCCGUCUGUGUUGUGGGGGUCAUGGCUACUCCCAUGCCAGCGGUCUGCCAAAAAUAUACAUUGAUGUCGUGCCGGGUUGUACUUACGAAGGAGAGAACAAUGUCAUGAUGCUGCAAGUUGCUAGGUUUUUGAUGAAAAUGUAUGGGAAAUUGCAAAACGGAGAAGCUCUCCCAACCUUUAUGCAAUACAUGUCGACUGAUCUUAAUAAGAAGUCUUGUAUGACAGAGGAAGUGGCUCUCAACUGUCUUGUCAUGGCUUACGAACACAGAGCAGCAAGAAUGAUACGCGAUGCUGCAGCCAGCAUGGAGAAACUGGUGCAGUCUGGGAAAUCUCCCGUGGAAGCUUGGAAUGGCUCCACUGUUAUGUUGACCUGGGCAGCAAUUGCCCAUUGCCAUGCAUUUGUAACAAAACACUUUGUGGAGACAGUUGUCAAAUCCCGCAUGGAUUACAAAGUCCAGUCGGCACUCACUAGUCUGUGUAAACUGUAUGCUGUCCACGGCAUUGUGGAGAAUCUGGGGGGAUUCAUUCAGGACCAGUUUUUUGACUCCAAACAAGUGAAGAUUCUACAGAAGAAGCUGAUGCAGCUGCUAGCAGAGGUCAGACCCAAUGCCGUGGCAUUUGUGGAUGCCUUUGAUUAUCCAGAUGAAGUACUACAGAGUUGUUUAGGGCGAUAUGACGGACAAGUGUAUCAGGCUUUGUAUGAUUACGCCAAGAGUUCACCAAUGAAUGAAAAAGAGGUGCUGGAUUCAUAUUACAAAUACAUAAAACCUGCCCAGAAUGGAAAAUAUCAGCAGUACUCCAAAUUGUAGAGUAGAAACGUCUAUAAUUAAAUGGAAUCAUACGGCCGUGCCCAGAACUACAAACUGUAGAAAUACUUACAUGCAGCAGGUCAUGGUAGAGUUUUAGCUGUGGUGUCUUAGUUAGCAGAGCUUAAGUUGAUGUUCACAACCAAUGUAUUUGAUUUCAUCAUCAAUCAAAAUGGAACUUUAUUUGAAUUACCCAUUCCUUUCAAGAUACAAGACACAUCUUAUGUAAACAUAUACAUGUAUUUGUACACAUGAUUGAUUUUACAUUACAUGUAUUUAAUGUUGUUCUUUGAAGAAUUAAAUUAAAUGGAAAUAGAAUUUUAAGAUUUAUCUGUGAUAUUUGAAUUUAAUUAUCAUCUUGUUAUAUUAAGUAUUUGUCACAAUAUUACAAAUAUAAGUAUGUAUUGUUUGAAGACUUGCUUAUGUUUCAGUUAAAUGAGCAAAUUUCUUGUUGUUUGUUAGGUUAUGAUGUAUUUAUUUAUCAUUGUAUAGUACCUUAUUAUAAUUUAUCAACAUUUGAUUACUUUUUAUGUGCAAUAAUUAUGGAUAUCAUUUUCAAAUAGGCUUGAUUGAUCAGAGUUUAUUCAUAUAGAGCAAUUGCUUCCAUUGUACACUAUGCAUAUAUGAAAUAUACAAGAUCUUUGUACUCUGGUUUUUCUCAUUAUAAAUGAAACUCAUGAAAGCCUGAACGCGAUUCUGUUGAUAUACCGAUACAAACGUGGUUUGAAUACCAUUGAUGAAUACUGUAUACACUGAUGCAGAGGAGAACUGUUCCGCUUUUUAUCAGUACUGACUAGUUUCGUUAUUUACCUCUCAGUUUUGAAUGUAAUUACAUGUUUGUUCAUGUAAUGGCUUUUCCCAUUCCAUAAUGUUACACAUGAUUCUUUAAAUACAAAUCAUUGUUUAAACCAGUAAUUUUUAUCAUCUGUGUCAAUCAUUAGUAUCAUUAUAUUGUUUACAGAGUCAAUUAAAAAAAUCCUGAUUUUAA